AUGGUUAUUUUUAAACACGAAAAAUCGAGUAUUGAAUUUCCGUUAAAAUCAUCAAAUGGCUACAGUGAAUUUCGUAGUUCAAGAGCUAAAAAAGAUUCAGCUACUUAUUUUUUGGAAAGUGUUUACAGUCAAGCCGAUUAUUUGGAACGUUUUGAUUCAAUGAAUUAUAAUUACGGAAAUGAUAAUUUAACGGAAAUGAUGAUCACUUGUAUAGUGGCAAGACCGUUUGAUAAUUUUUAUAAUCAUAAUGACCAAUUUUCUGGAGAGAUAUUGUGGUUUAACGUAACUAAAAUGUCUCAGAAUACAUUGACAUUAGAAUCAGCGGAGUUAUAUCUUUACAAAAAUAUUACAUCUGAGGACAAACGAAUUUGUGAAUCAGUGAAAAUUGAAGUUUAUCAAAAAUUAUGUAAAACUGGUGACAACAAUAAAUUUGUAGAUUCGUUACUUGUUUCACCUGACGAUACAGAUUGGUUAACUUUCAACGUCACCGAACCUAUCAAAUCAUGGAUAGAUGACCCGAAGAAAAAUAACGGAUUGAAUAUUUCAAUCGUGCCAUUUGAAUCUUGCACCCAUGAGUCUCUACUUAAGCUCCAAGAUAUUGGAAUCUCCGGAUUGGAAUCAUCGGCAGAUAUUGAAUUCAAACCAUUUUUGGUUUUGUACUUUCAUAAUGUCAUUAAAGGUCAACAUGAUAUGAAGAUCAAGCAGAAUGUUCGCAAUAAAAGAGAUGAUUAUUCAAAAUCACAAGACUAUGAAUCUAAUGAAAUUGAUGUACUUCCUCCAAAUUAUGUUACAUCGAAUCCAUUUACAAAAACUUACAAACGUAAAUUUAUUGACAAUCAUCGUACGGUUAAAAAAAAUUUAGCUGACUAUAAUAAUGACGGUAUUAAAAAAAAACGGAGUAAUUGUAAUAUAAAAUCAUUGCCCUUUAAUUUUGAAGAUAUAGGGCGUGAUUAUAUAAUUGCUCCAAAAAUAAUUAAUUUUAGUUUCUGCAAUGGCCAAUGCGAUGAAUCAAAUUUUGACAAUUCAACUUAUUCUACAGCUUAUAACCACUAUCUUAUUUAUGAGUCAUUACGUCAUCUAUAUCCUAAAGAAAUAUCAUCAACGUAUUGUAUACCUACGACAUUUUCAAAUUUAACUACUCUGUUUUUUGACAUCAAUGAUAACAUUGUUUUAAAAGUAGUGCCUAACAUAAUAGCUGAAGAAUGUUCUUGUGAGUAA